GCACUGCACAAGGACUAGGAACAAAUCAGAAAUUCCAAACCCACUUCGUCAAGUAAACAACACCGGCUAGAAUUAAAAGCGGCCGCGCGUAGCAGUUGUCGCCACCGUCACGUUGGAGGUUGGACUCCGCCCCCCUGCUGGUGCUGCUCGUCGCCUUGCCUUCCUCCGCCGGAGACCCCGCCGCCUCAGCUGCCGCUCCAGCAGGAGGAGGCAACCAUGGCGGGGAGGUACGACCGCAACCCGUUCGAGGAGGACGACGUCAACCCCUUUGCGGGUGGAAGUGUACCUCCUGCUUCUAAUUCUCGGAUGCCACCUCUUCCUCAUGAACCAGCAGGCUUCUACAAUGAUCGUGUUGCGACAGUGGACAUACCUCUUGAUUCAACUAAGGACCUUAGUAAAAAGGAGAAAGAACUGCAGGCAAGGGAAGCUGAGCUAAACAAACGGGAAAGGGAACUGAAAAGGAAGGAGGAAGCUGCAGCCAGAGCUGGUAUUGUCAUUGAAGAUAAGAAUUGGCCACCCUUUAUGCCCAUUAUUCAUCAUGACAUUGCAAACGAGAUACCAAUUCACCUACAAAGGAUGCAGUACCUGGCGUUUUCUUCACUGUUGGGAUUGACAGCCUGCCUUUUUUGGAACAUCAUUGCAACUACAGCAGCAUGGAUUAAAUCAGAAGGUGUCAUGAUCUGGUUGCUAGCAAUCAUCUACUUCAUCUCUGGUGUCCCUGGGGCCUACGUGCUUUGGUAUCGCCCGCUUUACAAUGCGAUGAGGACUGAAAGUGCUUUGAAGUUUGGGUGGUUUUUCUUGUUUUACCUGCUCCAUAUACUAUUCUGUGUCUGGUCAGCUGUGGCUCCUCCAUUUCCAUUCAAAGGAAAAUCUUUGGCUGGGAUUUUGCCGGCUAUUGAUAUCAUAGGCAGGAGUGCUAUUGUGGGGAUAUUUUACUUCAUUGGAUUUGGAAUGUUCUGCCUUGAAUCACUGCUCAGCAUCGUUGUUAUUCAGCAAGUAUACAUGUACUUCCGUGGAAGUGGAAAAGCUGCAGAGAUGAAGCGAGAGGCAGCCCGUGGUGCUAUGAGGAAUGCCUUUUGAUAGAGCGGCCUAGGUGACUGGAAGAGACAGGGUGUGACAAUGGGUAACUGCGUCAUGUACAUAUGCUGUUCGUCUCUGAGAUUACUUAUACUAGCUUAUAGCCUUCUUCCCCUCAUGCAAUAUAUACCACCUACCCACCAGAGUUUGAUCUCUUAUACCUAGGUUCAGAUGUGCUUAUAGAUAACUCCUUUUUUUUUUGGUAAUACAUUUUCCUACCUGAUUUGUGCUCUUAACUUGCGAGACAAUUGUUGUUGUUCUUUUUAUCUUGAGUGAUUCUUUGCACGGCCUUAAACCGCUUGGUUCCGAACUUUGUCAAAUUCUUGCUGAAGUGCAUACUCAGGUAAUUUUCCUUU